AUGGCUGACCAGGCGUUGCUGCUGGCUGUCGGUCUCUCUGUGGGUCUGGUGGCGCUGCUGCUGCUCAGUUUAAUGCUUUGCUACCUGCGGAGGAGGAAGAAAGGCCAGAACCAGUACCAGGAGCUGCUGUCCACGGUCCCGUCUUUACCGUCGUUGUCCUCGGCGCCGGUGAUCCUGGUGUCUCAGGGCUCCUGGGCCUCGCCCAGUGAGAUCCCUUUUGCAUUGCCUCCUCGCUUCGUUGCACAAAACCACGGAGAUGUGAAAGAAGAGGAGGCGGAGGUGAAGGAGGAGGAAGAGGAGGAGGAGAAGGAGGAGAAGAAGAUGGAGGCUCGGCGGGACAUUCUGGCUCAUCGCGGGUCGCUGUCAGUGAGAAGUUGGUACCCGGUGGGGACGGUUCUGGCCGGUUUGUACUCGGUUCCUCCUCUGAACGAGGUGGUGGCCCCUCCUCCGGGCAUGUCCACCCGCCUCUGCUUCUCCGUGGAGUAUCGAUACAGCAGCGAGCAGCUCGUGGUCUCUUUGCUCCGCCUCGGCAACCUCCCUCCACGUUUCCACGGCAACGUCACGCUGGUGGAGCUCCGGCUUCUCCCCGACGACCGGAGGCCUCGCCAGGCCAAGGCCCGGGGAACAGGGCCCGACCCCGAGUUUAACGACUCCUUCGUUUUCCAGGUGAAGCCACAGAAGUUACCCAAAGUUUAA